AUGGACAUUGUUUGUGUGAGUGAGACCUGGUUCCAAGAUAGUGUUCCAGAGACCGCGUUCAGCAUUCCAAACUACAACUUACUGCACAAGAGCCGAGUUUCCCAACGAGGUGGAGGAGUCGCCAUCUAUGUGAAAUCUACUAUGAACCCCACUGAAACCCACAUAGACGUUCCGGAAGAACAUGAGGUUGUUUGGACGCACAUCCGACCAACACGGUUACCUAGGAACGUCUCUUCAAUAUUUGUGGCAUCAGUGUACUCACCCCCAAUCAAUGCUCAUGUGGAUAGCCUUAUUCAUUACCUUACACGGGCUGUUGAUCAUAUUCUUCUGAGACACCCUUUGGCAGGAAUCAUCAUCUCUGGUGAUUUUAAUCGAGCUGAUGUAUCUCCCCUCCUUGCUGGACACAGCCUGAAGCAGGUAGUAAAUCGUCCAACGCGUAACCUUUCUAUGCUGGACUUGAUCAUUACCAAUAUGAAGAGUUUGUACUCUGUCAUACAAAUUGUUGCCCCAAUUGGAAUGAGCGAUGAUCUUGAAUGA